UGUUAAUAGAAGAUAAUGGACGGGAAGGAACAAGUGUGGUCCAGCUGUUUACAAGCAGAGUGAACACAGAAGUACACACAGUACCAUGAGCAAGCUCUCCUACCACGACGACCUAGAGUUUCCCUUCUGUGACGAUGUUAUUAAAUACGAGAAACUGGCUAAAAUCGGGCAGGGGACUUUUGGUGAAGUAUUCAAAGCUCGAGACAGAAGGACAGGCAAAGUUGUGGCACUCAAAAAGAUUCUCAUGGAAAAUGAGAAAGAAGGGGAUAUACAGCAAAAACAAAUCAACAAUCACUUUAUUCUGGCCAAGAGAAAAGAACUCAAGGAAGCUGAUGUUGUGAAAGAUGUUGACAUGUUAACCAAAAAUAGAACACAAACAGUCGAAGAGGUUGAGAAGUUGUUGGUGGUGUGGAUCAACACUAAACAGAUAGCAGGUCCACCACCCCCAGGGCUUCAGAAGCCUGCAAAAGCAACACCACACAUGUCCAGUCUUUCUACUUUCUUCUUGGUGUUUGAAUUUUGUGAACACGACCUGGCUGGCUUGCUCUCCAAUGUUAACGUAAAAUUUAAUCUUGGAGAAAUUAAAAAGGUAAUGCAGCAGUUGCUCAAUGGACUUUACUACAUUCAUUCCAACAAGAUUCUCCACCGAGAUCUCAAAGCUUCAAAUGUUCUUAUCACAAAAAAUGGAAUCUUGAAAUUGGCCGAUUUUGGUCUGGCCCGUGCAUUUAGUACUAGCAGACAAGGACCAAAUAGAUAUACAAAUCGUGUAGUUACACUCUGGUACCGACCACCAGAGCUUCUCCUAGGAGAAAGAAACUAUGGACCUCCAGUUGACAUGUGGGGUGCUGGCUGCAUAAUGGCUGAAAUGUGGACUCGCACACCAAUACUACAGGGGAGUACAGAACAGCAUCAGUUGGCUCUCAUCACUAAACUUUGUGGCUCCAUUACACCAGAUGUUUGGCCAUCAGUAGAAAAUUAUGAACUGUUCAACAAGAUGGAUUUAGUGAAGGGGCAGCAACGGCGUGUGUGUGAAAGACUGAAGCAUUACGUCAGAGAUAGUCAGGCAUUAGAUUUGUUAGAUAAACUUCUCACCUUAGAUCCUAGUAAGAGAACAGAUUCUUCCUCUGCCUUGGAUCAUGAUUUCUUCUGGACAGACCCAAUGCCAGGCGAUUUAUCCAAGAUGCUGUCGCAACACACUCAGAGUAUGUUUGAGUAUUUAGCACCAGCAAGAAGACCAGGAGCUUCAAAUAGACCUGUGAUUCAGCCACGACAACCAGACAAUGUGUCAUCUUAUCAAGAACGUGUAUAUUAAGGAGGAGAUUCAGCUUUGGAAUUAGUCUAAAUAGAUUUUUAAUGUUAUAUUUUGUACUGUACAAUAUAUAUCAGCUUAUGGACAGUUAGUGUUGUUGUUCAUAGAUAACGUGCAUAAUUAUCCAUUUGACUUGUAGUCAUUUACUAAACAUCGUUAAAGCUUACCUCUCCGUGCAGUAUAUAAGGUAUUUAUAAAAAUUUGACAUUUGUUGAAUUAAAGAAAAAUGUGUGCGAGGGGAACUUUUUUUUUUUUUUUGUCUCUCGGGUUUUUAUGCUUUGAGGGUAAAUAGUUUGAAUCAAUAACUGGACAUGAAAUAAGAGUUAACAAUUGAAUUUAAAGAUACUUUGAGUCAUUAAGUUUUUGUAUUUAUUGCAUAACAUCUUGGUUUGCUGUGAACAUAGUAUUAAUUAAUUUGAAAUCACAAUGCAUUUAAAUUGUGGAAAGUAGGUCUCAUUAAGGGUUUGCAAACUUUCUUAAAUUGUCUCCAAAAUGAGCUGCUUAUAAUUAUGAAAUCUUGAAGAAAUUUUUUUUUAUCAUUGACUAACUGUGAAAGAUUAUUUAGCAGAGAAAAUGGGGAAAACUAUUAUAUUAUUUUGGUAGCAUCAACUAGAAAUAUCUGUUGUUGGUCUCAUAUAUAAACAUUAAUAUAGUCUUGUUCUGUGAGAAAGUUUUUUGUUAUUUAUUGUUAAAAGUUUUUCUUAACUUCUCAGUUGCUCACACUUUAUGGUAUGUUUAAAUGUUUUUACUUAUGCACUUGAAUGAGCACCAAUGGCAAGCAUUAGAUGAAGUGAAGUGUUUGUUAUUGGUGUUCCAGUAACACUUCAGCUAUCUGGUACCUUUUAUGGUUGGGAAUACCAGUUAAAAGUUUAUGAAACAAGCAGUUAACUGAUGAAGGUGGUGGCAUAGUUCAGAAAUUUAACAUGUGCUAUGCAAGACAAGACAUUUCUCAAAAAGUUACAUUCGCAGUUACAGUAGUAGGUUAGGUGCUGUCAGUUUUUUAAAUUACGUUCAGUUAGUACCCUGUCUAGUGCUGUUUCAAAAUUAGUGCAUUCCUUUGAAGAUCUUAACUGAUAAUAAAAUAAUAAUAAUGAUGCCUUGUUAAAUACUUCAUGAAGUAGUGUUGUUACAAAAGUGGUGAUAACUAAACCAAAGAUAAUAAAGGUUAAAAUUGAUUGGGCUGAUGGAGUCCAGAAUGGAAUACAUUCCAUAGCAAGUCUUUGGUCAGUAUCAUAUAUAGGGAUUAUUUUUUAUUUUUAAUAUAUUUAUUUAAAAGAUCUUUGUAGAUCAUCACCCAACCCUUUUAAUCUUCUCCUGGACCAGCAGAUAGUCACAAAUACCAUACACUAAUCCAAAAAUAUCAAUGCAUGUUAGAAUAUGCAACAUUUUAUGGUAAGUCAACUUGAAAAAAAAUUCUAUGUAUAUAUUGGUCUUCUACAAUGAAAUAAUGAAAUAAUCAGUUCUGGCAGGGUCUCGGCUCAGAUGUCACUUAGUAAUGAAAACUUCAAUGAGUACACUUAUUUUUUAAAGUAAAGACGUCAUUGCAUGAAGAAAUCUAGCCUUCAUGAAGAUUAAUAAUGUCACUGUAAACUACUGUACCCCUAUCAGGGCAAAAUUUUCUUUUUUGAUGAACAUUGUUUCCUGAGGAAAAUGUUUAAAUACUUGUUUUUUUUAACAAACCAGCCGUAUCCCACAAGAAAAACAAAAGUUGUUCUUAAAUUUAGUAAUUUAUGUAGGAGAAGGGGUUACUAACCCCUUUCUCCCGGCAUUUUAAUCGCCUCUUACAACACGUAUGGCUUACAUAGGAAGAAUUCUUUUCCACUUCCCCAUGGAGAGUUUAAAUACAUAUCUGAAUUUAAAUUUGACGUACUGAAAUGCAAUAAUUGAAAUAGGCGAGUGCUAUGAACACUGCUGCUUACAGUAUUUCAGAACUUCAUCACAGGACUCUCAUAAGCCUAAUUGACUACAUUUUUGUUUGAUAUGAAUACUGUGCCACUACUGUGCAUGAUCAUCUGCCAUAAGAACAUAAGAAUGGAGGAACACUACAGAAGGCCUACUGGCCCAUGCGAGGCAGGUCCUUAUCAAAACGACCUCUACCUUAAGCUACCCAAGAAAUAACUCCCGUACCCAAUGACACCAAUCAAACCCAGCCCCUCCCACUCAUAUAUUUGUCCAGUCUCUUCUGAAAUCUACCCAAGGUCCUAGUCUCUAUCACCCCACUGGGAAGACUGUUCCAUGCAUCUACAACUCUGUUAGAAAACCAGUACUUACCUAUGUCCUUUCUAAAUCUAAAUUUAUCCAACUUAAAUCCAUUAUUUCUGGUUCUUACCUGGUUCGACACCCUCAGUACUGCCAUGUUUCCUCAUAGUUCACACUCACUGUCUGGCUUAUCUCCUUCCACAUUGCUACCUCUCGACAUCCUUGCUACCAUUUUCCACUAGUUUACACCUACUGUAAAGGUGCCUAUUUUUUAAUAAGUGGAGCUUUCAAUAUAUUUUUGGUAGGCAAACCAGUAUAUUCAAUAUUUUGGCAUUGAUUUAAAUUUUAGAUGCAGAGUAUUACACAUAAUAUACAGAAAUGUUUUGUAAAUAAAGUGCUGUGGCAGCACAUCAUAACUUAAAGAGGUGACAUACAAAAGGGAAAAAAAUAAAGCAAUAAUGUAUGAACAGAUCUAGAUAGUAUACCUAAAUAAUAAUAUUUAUAAAACUUUAUUAAUAAAUAUUUGUAUAUAAAUUAUUGUUUAAAUAUAUAUAUAUAAGGAGAUAUUAAUCUUGAUUUAUAUUUGCAUAAUAAACAUAAGUGGCAGUGGAGACAGUCAUAAUAUUUAUCAGCACUUUAAUAAUAUAGUAAAAUAAUAAUUAUAUUAAUAACUGAUGAGCUUUUGGAGUGUGAGCAGGGUAAUAUUUUGUGAAGGGAUUCAGAGAAACUGGUUAGCCAGACUUGAGUCCUGGAGGUGGGAAGUACAACACUGCACUUUAAAGGAGGGGUUUGGAAUAUUGGCUCUUUGGAGUGACAUCUAAACUGUCGUAUCUAGGUGCCUCUACAAAGACGGUGAUUAUGUGCGAAUAAUGUUGAAAGUGUUUCUUAUUUUGGGUCACCCUGCUUUGAUGGGAGAUGGCCAGCAUGUUGAAAAAAAAAAAAAUAGGAAGCCAUGGUACAGUGAGAAUGAUAGUAAUAAAGUUUUUAACACUUU